AUGAUCGACGCCGGUUCCUCGGGAUCUCGUGUUCAUGUGUAUCGAUUUAAAAUAUGCCACGACGAACCGCAAUUGGAACAUGAAGAAUUCAAAAUGAUCGAACCGGGCCUGUCGUCGUACAAGGACGAUCCUCAGGCCGCCGCAGAAUCGCUCGACUCGCUGAUGGCAGUGGCCGUCGACAGCGUGCCCAAAGACCAACAGCGUUGUACACCCAUUGCCGUCAAGGCAACAGCAGGUUUAAGACUGUUGCAACCUCACCAGAGCGAAGGUAUCUUGGAAGCCGUUCGUCGCCAUUUGGAAACACGCUACCCGUUUCCCAUGGCAGGCGAGAGAGCGGUAGAAAUUAUGGACGGCAAAGACGAAGGUGUCUAUGCGUGGAUCACCGUUAAUUAUUUGUUGGGAAAAUUGACAACGGCGCAGCGAGGACGGUCGGCUGCCGUGUUUGAUUUGGGUGGUCGAUCCACGCAAAUUGUAUUUGAACCGACGUUUCGAACCAAGGAAACCAUGCUGGAAGGCGAGCAUAAAUACCAAUUAGAUUAUGGCAAUGAGAACUAUGAAUUGUAUCAGCAUUCCUAUCUGGGGUACGGAUUGAAUGAAGCGAACAAACGGAUUAAAGAGGAAUUGGUGAUCAUGUGGAAUCAAGAAGCGCAACGGACUGGCCGCGUCUACCAUCCAUGUUUGCCUGAAGGACGGUCAGAGACGAUUGAAUUCUCGUUUGCGAAUGGCACACAAAAGGUUGAACUUAUAGGCACCGGAGCGGGACAUGCCGAAUGUCGAGCGAUUGUGGAACGUAUCUUCAACAAGGAUAAACUCUGUAAGCUUGAUCCAUGUGCAUUUGACGGCAUGUAUCAGCCGUCGCUGUCGGAUACGUUCGAGGCGCGUGAUCUAUACGUGUUUUCGUACUUUUACGAUUACACGCAACCCCUGGGUAUGCCCUCGGAAUUCUCCGUGGGCGAGCUGGGCGAACUGACUCAACGUGUGUGCAAUGGAGAGACCAAACCUUUCCGUCACGUGCCUCAAGCGAUUGAUGCGCUCGCACGCAAUGCCGAUUUUUGCCUCAACCUCUCGUACAUUUACGAUCUCCUUCGAUUCGCUUACGAAAUCCCCUCUGAUCGACUCAUCAAAACCGUAAAAAAGAUCCGAGGCGUGGAAACCGGCUGGUGUUUAGGUGCCUCCAUCGCCAUGCUUGAUCAAGUCCAACUUUGCCAAAUAGACUAA